AUGGUGGGCGCGCCGGCGCUACUGGCGAGCGCAACGACUGGCAUAGACCGCCUGGGCGGAGUGAUGCGUGGCGGAGUGACAGCGCCGCCCCAUCAAACCGCCCACGCACAGACGCAAGAGUGUGCUGCUGCUGCUGAGACGCCUCACACAUCCCAGGAGCAGGAACGAGCGCGGGAACUGCUGCAUAGACAAUCGCCAGCCGGAGGGACGAGCGGGCAGGCACGCAUAGCAGCCGAUGCAGCAGGUGGUGCAUGCGCAGGCGCAGCCAUGUCAACAGGCGCAGCAACAGCAGCAGGUGUGGGUGGUUCGUUAGUUCCGCCCUCCAUCCUUCCGCCUUCCAUGGUGGCCCUCCCUGCUACUGCCCUGCUGCCACUGCCCUGGCAGCACCUGCUGCCCCACCGCCCCUCCACCCACGUCCUGCUACCGCUGCCCUCUCCUCCCCGUCUCCCCGCUUUGCCCCAGCCCUUGCCGCAGUUGCUUACAUCACAGCCCCAGACACUAUCACAGCCUCAGCUGCUAUCACAACCCCGCCUGCUUAUAUCACAGCCCCAACUAUCAUCACAGCCUCAGCUGCUUAUUGCACAACCCCAGUCCUCAUCACAGCCCCCACUCCAGUCUCCUCUGCCCUUCCAGUCGUCUCCCCUCGUCCCAGCACCGUGGCCUGCCACCGCACCCCCACCAACACACGGGCUCGGUUUCUCGACCGUUGCCCCCCACCCUCUGCCUGCCAACUCUUCUGCACUCGCCGUCACUGCUGCUGCCGCAGGUGGCGGGCGGCAUGGGGUGGGCGGCGGUAGGGGGGAGGGCAUGGUGGGUGAUGAGGGUUACGAUCAAGGGCAUGAUGGCGAUGGUGAUGUGACGAAUCAGCGCAAGCAGAGGAGUUCCCUUGUCGCUUCCCCUGUCUGCUUACCCCUGGUCUCCUCUCCUUUUCGUCUCACCCCUUGCCUCUUCCCCGUGGGCAGGAUGCACUCCAACCGGCAGUCAGCCAAGCGCAGUCGCCUUCGCCGCCAGCAGCUGCUGGAUAAGCUGGAGAUAGAUGUGAGCGAAUGGGUGGGGAGCGGUGGGAUGCAGUGGGGUGUAGUGGGGUGGGGUGGGAUGGGAUGGGGUUUGAUGUGA